UCGAGAGGAGCACAGAGUGAAAACCACAACUUUCCUGGCUUCAUUAAUCAGCCUAAAACUCUGAAAGACAUCAUGCUUGUCAAAUUUAUCUGCGCUGUGGUCACCAGAGCGUUGUUUAUUUUAGUGUCUCUUAUUGGUGUAUGGAGGGUGACAUGGGUUAAAAAUAAUAAUUUAUACUGGUUUCUGACUAUCCUCUAUCUACCUCUCGUGGCUGAAAUGAUUUUAACUCUGAGAAGAAGAAAAGGGAAGGAUUACAAAUGGUUUUCUCCAGCGAUAUUGUUUUUCCUCGUCAGCAUUAUACCAACCAUAUGGAUCCUUGAGUUGCACCAUCAGAAAAACAAAUCAAGUAAUACUAAGUGUACUAACCUGGAUUCAUCUGAAAGCAUCCAAGCAUUUCUUGAUAAAUUGAGAAAUUCAACCAAUGGAAACGUGAGUGAAAAGGACCCUCUGAGGUUUUUGUCAGCGGUGUGUGCCAAUGACUGGAUCCUGGCCCUUCAGCAAAUCGUCCUGAUCCUGCUGAUAGUGGGGAAGUGGCUGCUACCGAUCGCUGGAGGGGUCACCAGAGAUGAAAUAUCGCAGUUGUUACUCAUCUUUGUAGGCACAGCUGCUGAUAUCCUCGAGUUCAUCAGUGAGACGCUCGCCGAUGUGGAGGCGGAAAGUACACAGUUUGUGUGCGUUAUUCUUGCGGUCUGGACAUUGAGCAUGCUCCAGUUUCCUCUGCAUUUCUCAGUGGUGAACACCAAACCUGAGGAUUUCUGUGAAAGCCAGGAUGACUCUCUCAUUGCCAAGUUCAGGACAGAUAUAUGGGACAUUGCGGGAACCAUUUUUCUUCAAGAUGGCCCCUUUUUUGUUGUCCGACUUGCAGUUAUGAUUUCUUUCUCUGAGUUUCAUCAAAUGCUGGUCUUCUUUACCAUUAAGAACUUUCUAGUAGUGUUGAUUAGCAUCUACAGGCUGUGGGCCAUUUGGAUAGAUAACAAACCUUGACAUGUUCAAACAGGAUCUUGUUCAGUCAGUCAGCUGCAGUGAUGAUUUGCUGACAUGAACAUUAUUUUGAGAACUGGCACUGUGCUAGUCACAGUGAAAAGUCUGAUUGUGUUAAUCAUUUUGAUUCAUUGUAACAGGACAGCUUAUUAAAUAAUGUAUGCAUGUACAAUAUGUUAUAUCAUUAAUAGUGCUGGGCAACGAAUAACCGCGAUUAAUCACAACCAAAAUAAAGGUUUUUGU